UCAUAUUCGUAUGAAUAGUUUUCCUUAUAAACUCUCUCUGCAGUGCAGAGCGGUAUAUUUUGAUUCUGAAUAACUUGUUUACAAAAGUUGUAAAUUCGACUUUUUCGUUUUCGUAUUCGUUUUAUAGUGAAUUUCUGACUAGAAUCUACGUUUGUUAUUAGAGCUAGGCCUAGGACCUAGGCUGCUAGGCUCCAGCUCAGCUCAUUUCAUUUUCAUUACCAUAAUGCCAGACUCUGAAUGAAUGAAGGUCCGCGCUUGCUUCUCCGACCUUGUCUAACUUCAUCCAGGGACAAGGAGGCUAGGGUAUGCCGAAGGAACGUGAUAUUUUUGUGGCAAAUUUUACAUAUAGCCUGAAUUAAGGAUGUUAAACUCAACAUAGUAAUUUGUGAAUAAAUGCCAUAACCAUGCAAGGUAAUAAGCUAACAGAGCAAAUGGAGAUUGAUAAUAAGAAACGGAUUACAAUUACAAAUGAGGAAGGACAGUCGUUCUCAAGAAAACGAAAAUGUUCUACAGAUGCGACUUCCCCAAAUUCAACAAAUACAAAAUCAAAGAAACUGAAACAAGUAAACGAUGAUUCGAAAGAGAAACUGCAAACUUUAAUGACAGAAAGAGCAUCCUUACGAACAUUGGUUUUACAAAAACAAGAAUCUUUACGUCAAUUAAGAUUAGUGAAAUUAUACAGGACAAAGAACGAUUUAUCUGAACUUCAAAAGCUGAUUGACAAAUGGAGGGGAGCUUGCCAGGAAUCACUUUCAGAACUCCAGGAAAGGAUGCCAGAGCCUAGGCCAAGUAUCAAUGAACUCAUCCAGUUAUGGCAGCUUGAUCAGGACCUCUUGCGAUACAAGACAGAAGAACAAUCGUUCUAGUGAAAUCUGAGCUCAUUUUAGGUUUUAUAUAAUGUCUUAAAUGUCUUAUUCUUGGCAUCUACUUUUAUGAACACACUGAUAUUUUUUUAAUAACUGUAUGCACUUCAUUUUGAAUGCAAGGUUUUGAUUGAUUAUUGAUUGGCCAUGAUUAAGCCCUGUCUAGACAAUCAGAGUUUGACAAAAAAAUCAUGUGAUAUGCCUAAAUAUGGCCAUUAUGACAUCACCACCAUAUAUAGGCACAUCAUGACCAUAUAUAGGCACAUCAUGCCUAUAUAUGGGCAUACAACAGUUUUUUGUCAAAGAAAAUUUGGUAGUCUGGACACAGCUUUAAAGUGGCACUAGUUCUGUCCACACAGCAUCCUCACAGGAUGCAGAGUUCAGCAUGUUUAUAUUUUCAACAAUUGUAGGAUGAUAAAUGUUGGUCCAAUAUGAUAAUUUAUAGUGUGCACUCAUUAAACUGGUACGUUAAUUCAUAAUAUUAUGAGAAAAUAAUGUAUCAUGUACAGUAAUUGUUUACAUUAUAACUCCAGCUAUCUACUCUACUUAUCACAAUUUACAUCACUUGGUAGAACUCCUUCUCUUCCUAAUUUAAUUUUUCAAAUUUAUUACCAUUAUUUUCAAUAAGUAUGGCAUUUCAAGUAACUGUUGGAUUAAUAGGUAGCUUUUUAUCAUGACAACAACCACAAUCUAGCGUUCGCUGUUAAACCAAUAAGGCCUAUAAAGCUACGUCAUGAAAUUCUGUUGACAUUGAGAACUCAAUGUUGUCCUGUAUCUUAGUCUUAGUGCAAUCAGAAGCUUCUAUUACAGUAUAAGAUAUUUUUUAAAUCAUGAAAUUCGUUUCUUUUUAUUUCAGAAAAUAAAAACAAAACUACUAGUAGUAUUAAAAAUG